AUGUACGAAUCCACCCCAUCGUCGUUGGGUCUUCACCGUCUGAGCAGGCAGAGCCUCCAGAAAAGAUAUGAGUCUGAUGAAGAAGAUGUAUCUGAAUCGGAUGCCGGUGGCCAUGACUUUGUGCCUUCGCCUGUAGGCUCCCAGCGAGCCGCUACAUUCGAUUCCGACCUUAGCGCCGAUGAGGCUUCUCAUGAUGACCCUGAUUCUGAUAGAGACGAGCAUCUGCUGGCUCCGGAUCCUCUCUCAGCCGCCAAACGCCAGCGUCCAGUUUCAAUGGAUACUCUCAAGCGCAACAGUGAUGCCACCUUUGGAGACAGUACCUACGUUUUUGACCUCGAGGAUGACAUGGUCCUCGAGCUUCCUUCGCCAGAUAGUACGCCAGCUCUCGCCUCCAGCCUCUUCUUGAAGCCCUCAAUCUAUGUACCCCCAACGUCAACACCAGAGCUCAAGUCUCGGUCUCGCUCUGCUUCCCCGUCGUCAAUCUUUUCAGUGGAGCACGCCGAGGUUCAAAUGGCGAAGAAGGUCAUCAUGAAAGAGCCACCAACCCGUCCAACCUUGGUCUUCAUCAAUUCCUUGGGACCACGCUCGAAGGCUCCUAAAUCACGACUUAACCAGCCUCGUACUCGGGGGAAUCCUCGUGAUCGCGAGUCCCGAGUAUUCAUGCCGAGAACCGAAAGUACCCUCGAAGUGCCCCGUCUGAUAGAAGCCUAUCCAUCACCACGAGAACUUGAAGACAAGGUCUCAUCAGACCGAAGCGGCUCUACAAGCUCCACGCCCUCUAUGACACCCCUUAUGGAAGGUGAAACAACUCCCGGUGCCACAAUCGGCCGAGUAUCCGAGAUCCCCGUCCUCCCAUACAUCCCACCCUCACCACGAGUACGACCUCAAUCAAUGUAUCGCCCACGAUCACGAACCCCAGCCUCCGACAAAUCCUUCCCACCACCCUCAACCCGUCAAUACCGACCCACAGAGCCCAACCUCCGCCCCAUCUCAGUGCGCAGCAACAGCAACACCAGCAUGCCAUCAUCUUACUCCCGCCCAACCUCCCCCUCCCGCGAUGAUAUUCGACCAGGCUAUAUCGCAGACUAUUCGGACGCAGCCUCCCUCACACGAACCUGCAGCCCUGUCUCAAUAGCCUCAUCCCCUGGAACCUGCCAAUCUCUCCACGGCCACUCCUCAAAGCAUAGCGUCUCAAAUAUACUCGCCCAUCGCUCCCAAAUGAUGCGCCAUAUGUCCCGAAAACACUCCGCAUCAUCUAGCGUCUCACUGAGCAGUCUCCGCUCCGAAAUGGAUACUGCCCCCACAAGAAACACGGCCUCUUCCUCUCAACAAGUCCCCAGUCCCGCACCGUAUGAUCCUCGCAUCGUGCGAAAAUCAAGCCAGCGCCGACACGGUCGUCAUAAUAGCUCCGCUCAUACCGGGAAGGGCUUUAUGGGAUUGAAGUUUGGAAAGAGGUCUUUUACAAAGGCUUGA